AUUCGGGACAGAACUCAAACGGGCCACAUACUUGGAGAUCCUUGGAAAAGGGAUCCAGUGAUCACACCAGAGAGGGAGUUGUCUCCAGCUGCCCUAAUUCUGAUUCGCUUGCUCACUCAUUUGGCAUUGCUUCUGGGAGCCUCAAAUGAUGUCCAGUCUGUCUUGCAGAUCAUAAAGCCACGGGUUCAGGAUCCAGUAAACUUCUUGCUGCUGCAUAUUAAUAAAGACUUAGAGCAGCUGAUGAAUACUCUUGGGAAGACUGCUGAUGAAACCACUAAUGUCAUCCAUCUCAUUCUGUGUAGCCUUUCCAAGGACCAACAUGCAGGACAAUGGCCAGUACGUUUUGACAGUCAGCUUUCCACGAAGCAGUACAGAAACAAUUGGGAAGAAAGUGUUGCACGCACCAUUAUUCUACCUGAACUAAAGCUUUUGGAUAAAGCACUUCUGGACUUGAAUAAACAAAUCAGUGAAGAUGAAAGGCUUUCUUCCAACCCUGUAGUGAAAAUAAUUUAUGGGGACCCCACAGUCUUUCUAUCCCGUCUUCCUAAGGACAAUACUAUAUACUCCUCUCGGAUAUGGAGUUGCAAGAAGAGGAUCUCAGUCGAGCAUCUGGCUCACAUUGUCCAACUGAAAGGUGGCAAGGAUACUGUGCCCAUCUUGCAGAAAUUUUUGCAAAAGGAAGCUGAAUUGAGGCAGGUGAAAUUUCUGCCAGAAAUUCUUGCUCUGCAGAAAGACUUGGUGAAGAGAUUUCAGAACAUCUCAGAAAUUGAGCAUCGCACAAUUGAAGAUUUUCUCAGCAGUUUUUCCUCAGGAGGUGUCAAAUUACUAAUGAAAGGCAGAGUGGAAAAAUUUCUGGAUGUGUGGAACAAGCUAAGAUUAUCCAUAGAAACAAAUGGUCAAAUUAAGCUUCCUAAAGAUUAUUGCAGUUUGGACCGCACUGUGAAAGAUCCAUUUGAAAUCCUUUUGCCUCGUCGGAGAGGUCUAGGCCUUUGUGCCACAUCAUUGGUCAGCUACCUCAUUCAGUUGCACAAUGAUUUCGUCAACACCAUAGCAAACGAUUCAACGAAUGCCAAUAGAUACUCUGUCAGCCUUGCUGAAGUGGCCGAUCUGCACAUGAUCAGUUACGAAGUAGAAAAGGAUUUGAUCCCAGUCAUCCUGUCCAACUGCCAGUAUAGCGUGCAGAAAGGAGGAGAGGCCCUGCAGGAAUUUGACCUGGAAAAAAUCGAACAGCAAGUUGUCAGUAGAUUCCUACAAGGGAAGCCCAGGAUCACAUUGCAGGGCAUACCCACACUGAUACACAGAUGUGACCAAAACUAUGAGCAUCUGUUCAGCAAUAUCAAGACAAAGCUGAAAACUCAGAGCUCUCUUUCAAGUUCUAAAAUGGGCAUGAUCAGAGGGGACUUGGUGUCGUACACUGACAUCUGUGAUGCAUUUUCGGUCACUGAAAUUAUUUUAAGAUUCUUGGCUACAACUGGAGGUGACUCACAUAUGACUUUGACUGAUUACACUGAAAAUGUCCUGCGGAUGAGCAAUCAGAUAAGUCUUCCAGUGAUGAAGGCACUGAGCCGAUGUCAGCUAAAGCACGCCAUUUCAUUGUGGCAGCUCCUUUCUAGUCAUAAAUCAGAACAGCUGCUGCAUUUGAAAAAGGAUCCUUUUGGAGAGAUCAGCGCAGACUAUAAAGAGGAACUCACAGUGGAUAAUAUCGAUCUUCUCAAAGCUUUCCUCACCCAGACAGCGCUGGAGUCCUUCCUUCAAGAGUUGCAUGAAAUGAUCAUGCUGAAAUUGAAACAUGCCAGAACUGGAGAAGAGUACAGUCCUACAUGGAGCCUGAAAGAAGCAUUUAUUCCAUAUCUUGAAGGAAAAGGUAGCAGUGAGCUUCAGGACUUGGAUGAUAUGUUCCCAGAAGAUAUCCAGGUUUCCCAGUGUAUCGCUGCCUGGAAAAUAGCUGCUACUCUUAAACGGGGUGGAUGCGGUCCAGGAAAUUAAUCCAGACACUUUUCCACUGUUCCUCACUCUUCAUUGAUGAGCAGAGCAGUGUAUUUAAUUGUUGGUUUUUCUUUAUACUUGUAC